UGGAUGCAGUACAGACGGCAGUCCGGCAGAUAAGGACACCUGACCCACAGCUAGCGGAAUGGAUCAGGAACGCCCCGCAAACUGCCCUCCGCUCUGCGGCUAGGCUCCCGAUUCAGGCCGUCUCAGGGUUCCAUCGGUUGACGUCAGCCUGGGGCUUAAGACCAUUGAUUGAAGCUGGAGCCAAGGCCGGACACCCGACCCGCUUGCACUGCCGAGCUCCCAUGCCUCCCGUCGACAACUCCAGACGCGACACGGGUCUGAGACAUUACCAACGACUUCACAGCCGCAAUUUCUAGUCGUAUCGGGAUUGGAUCGCGCAACCGCCGUGCUUCUGCCUCGUUGUCCCUAAAAACUCACAGGCUCACAGCAGUUCGGUCAGACGGCGGCCUCGGCGUCGGCACCCCGCGCGCAGUCGCACACCGCCCGACAGAGGAUUGCAUAAAACAUGCGAGGAUGGAUCGCCGUUUUGUUCAUCAUGCCAAUCUUUCUUGCAGCGCUCUAUCAGAGUAGAAACAACAUCCCGCUUUUCCGUCGCUGGCCGUCAUCGUCUCCAGUUGUAUUGCUAAACUCCCUGAUUUCUCCCUUCAACAUCCGGAUCUAUCGUACCAUGUCGACCUUCAACCACCCGGACUACGCGGUGCCCGUGACCUUGCCCGAGGGUCUUACCCAGGAGCAGCUUCUUGGUUUUCAUCCUUUCCGUUCUUGGAUAUCCACGCUUGAGAACUCCCUUAGCCUGCAAGCUCGGAAUCGUUCGCACCCCUUCCACCAGGAUCCCUAUGUGCUCCGCUCCGUGACGGUUCAGUCAUUUGACCUCUUCGGCGGCAAAAGGCUUGGCUUACUCAAGCUCCUCGCAGAAGUGACCAACAGUGCCGGAGAGAAGCUCCCCGGAUCAAUCUUCCUUCGAGGGCCAAGCGUCGCCAUGCUUGUGAUCCUGAUCCCCGACGAUGCACCCGCCGAUACCGAUGAGCGAUAUGUCUUACUCACCGUGCAGCCACGGAUACCUGCCGGUAGCCUGGAGUUUGUUGAGUUGCCCGCAGGCAUGGUAGACCAAGAGGGCCAGUUUGUCGGGACCGCUGCAAUGGAAAUCGAGGAAGAACUCGGCUUGAAGAUUCCCACUUCGGAGCUGAAGUGCCUGAGCGAGAUGGCAGACAUGUCCCCAAAGAGUGAUAACGGCAAGAUCCAGGAUGGUAACCUACCACAAGCCAUGUACCCUUCUGCCGGGGGCUGCGACGAAUACAUCCCCAUCUACAUGCACGAGAGACGCGUGCCACGGGACACGCUCAGUGACUGGACGGGUCGACUUACGGGGCUACGUGAGCACGGUGAGAGGAUAUCCCUUAAGCUGAUCAAGAUGCAGGAUCUUUGGCGCGAGGGUGCCAGAGACGCCAAGAGUCUUGCGGCGGUAGCCUUGUGGGAAGGCUUGCGAAGGGAAGGAAAGCUCUGAUUCAACCCACGAGUGGGCGGCAUACGUGUUGCCAGAUUUCCUUAAGAAUAACGCUCAACGGCAAUGUCCGCAACUCUCAUCUUCAUUCCUUCUACGGCCUGGUUACAGUCCGUAUUUC